AUGUCAUGGUGUCCACCUGGUGCAUUUAUUGGAGAGUUCGAUUCCUUUGUGGGUCCAUCGAUUUCUUUUGCCUUUGAAUAUAACACUUUUAAGGAGGGCGUCGGAAUCAGCAACAAAGCCAGUAACAUUACCUAUGUUUCUUCAAAAGUGAUUUUGGGGGAAAAGAUAGCAAGCGGCGCAUUGCACCCCAACUAUUCCGAUUACAUGCGCUCUGUGGCAUCGCGGGUGCUAACCUCUAACGAAGACCACAAGGAAAACAUCAUCUUCCAAGAUAUUGGAUGUCCUUGUAUUAGUAGCAUAUCUUUUUGUCUUCCAGAUAUUCUUGCGAGAGGCGAAAAGCGAUCCUUUUGCUUGGUAUUUCUUCAUCCUUCUUACAACAAAAUGCUUUCUAAGUGGCCCCUCAUAGCAGUAUGUAGUCGUAUCUUUAUUCAAGAUUAUUGUUUUGAAGCUGCGAACGAACUCUACACCUUAGAAUAUUCAACUUUACCAGACCUCGAACAGUGCAGAGAAGAGGCACAUAAAACUUCGCUACGCCCCUUCGAGGCACUUAUAAAACGAAAGGAUGAAGACCUUUGGAGCACAUUCACUCGGAUUCAUUGCUUUUUCGAGAUUGUCUUGCCACUUCUCUUUUCAAAUAACUCCAUGUUCAACUCUUUGAGCUCCCAAUUGAGUGAAGAUAUAAACAAAAUCUUGAAAGAUAAGAUUACAUCGAUGAUUGAGGAAGUGAUUCCACAGGCUGAAUUAAGAUAUUCUGUAGUUAAUUUGCAAACUGAAAAAGAUAAAUGUGAAAUUGAGGCUUCAACUCACUCACAUCUAUCGAAUCAGAUCAUAGUAAAGCCACUCCCAGUGUGGCUUCUUGAGUUUUCAGAAGGAUUCUCAUCAGUUCAAGAACCCCAGUUACAGCUACACGACCUACUCAAUGCCUUGUUUUCAGGUGAACAGAUAAUAGUAUUUGGUGACAAUGAAUCUAGUUGUGCCAGCCUUGCUCUUUCUAUGUCGUACAUGCUCCCACAUGAACUUAUGCGAACGAAACUUUAUUCCAACUCGUACGUAAUGCCAUAUGAGAGUCAAAUUGUUAGCUUUAGCAAUCAGUUUCUUUCGGAGUGGGAGGUUGUGCCAUUCCGCGACAGUGCUCAAACCACGGACCGCAAACGGCUGUUUGCCCUUUCAGAGAUUGAGGCGGAUGGUGUAGUUGGUGUCUGCGUUUGCAAGGGGCGCAUCGAUCAGGUAUUCUAUUGCGAUGACCUUGCUCACGCAGUAGCCACCCCGUCACCAAGUUCGUCCGCUUGUUAUAAUAAUGAGGUGCCUCAUCCCCGAAUAACAACUCUUACGUGUCGCAUUAUGGGACUUCUCCAGACGUACAGAACGGAUAUUUCGAAGUAUCUCUCUAGUAAUGAUAGUAAAAAGAUUGAAGUGGAGAUCACAUCGAUCAAGUUACUGACUACUCAGAUAAUGCAACUGGUUAGUGAAUACGCUCUUCGCGGAAGUGUGUAUUUGAAGCUGUUUCGUCAGCAAGAAAUUAUGGUGAACGAAGCUUUGCUGAAAAGAAGAGCUUCAUCGCGAGAUACUUCGCUUUUGUCAAAAAUUUACAAGUCUUUUAAAAGUGUUUUAGUUUCUAAUACACCUCUUCGAUCUGGGCUAAGUUUGACAACGGAUGAUAUUUCUCAUUUCCCGGUUUCUGUCCUUCAAAAAAAUUCAUCACUUCUUAUUGGAUCGGACAAGCGGUACAGUAAUAAGCAAUUUUUAUUCCUGAGCUCUUCGCCAGAGGAUCACCGUGUUCUGAUAUUUUUGGGAAGUCGAGCGACUGCUUGA